UGAAACUGUAACUCUAACAGAUCAUGGAUUAUUUAAUAAAUAAAAAAGGACAGGAGAAAAAAGAAAAAGUAAAAAUAACCAAACGCAUAUGUUGAACAGCUUCAGACCCACGGUUGUGGUCCCGCGAGGAUGUGACGACGUUUCUUCGAUGGGCCGAACGGGAAUUCGACCUACCCCAAUUCGAUAUGGAUAUGUUCCAAAUGAACGGCAAGGCGCUUUGCUUGCUAACAAAGGCGGAUUUGGGAGAAAGAUGCCCUGGCGCUGGUGACGUGUUGCAUAAUGUGCUCUCAAUGCUGGCUAGAGACUUUAACCAGCUUCAGAGGUGUCUUCCCAGUAGUCCGGUCACCCCCACAAGACCCUCCGCGUAUCCCCUCAGCCCUCAUUCGCAUCCACCAACCCCGACAUGGACGGAGAACCCGUAUACCGCGAAUCUUGCAUCGUUAAUGUCCGCGAAUUCGGUCACGCUGUCCCCGGCACCCUCGGUCGACAGUCAAGCAGGAUCUCCAGGACACACGGAAGGUGCACAGAGCCAGGUUUACAAGAGCGAUUCGGACGAGGAUAAUCAACAAGCGACUACUGGAAGCCCCCCAGCCACGCCCACCGCUCUUGCAGCGCAAAGGUUAAGCGAAGUUUGUGUCAAGGAUCAACCGAGUCCUACGUUAACGCAACCGAUGAUGCCUCUGACGCCCGGUGCCUUCAGAACGAACCCUGCCAACGCCGCGAGAGAGUUUUUCCCGAGCGAUUCCCCGGAACCUAAUACUAGUAAGUGCAUACAAGUAAAUCAACACUGUUGCAUCUUUCCAUUAAAUAUUUUCAUUCAUUGAUAUAU